UAUUAUGUGAUUUUUGCUGUAGUAUUAAUAAAUUUAUGAAAAAAACACACUAGAACGGCUUAAGAUACGGCUCCGUGUUAAUUUAAUACUACAUAUAAUACAAAAAUGUUAGUAAACAGAAUAAGGUUACUCUACCCUUCGAAAGGUGUAUAUAAUAAAUAUUGUGGAAGAAUGUUAAAAUCAUCAGUGGUAAAACUUCAAACACCUAAAACCUUGGAAAUUAAUGUUUCUGAACAACCAAAAGAUUCUAGUUUACCUAGCAGAGCUAAAAGCGUCGAGAAACCAGUUAUUACUUUACCAACCCAAAGAGUAGUUCCAAUGAUUUUAAAUAAGAAGGAGCCGAUAGUUUUGCCAUUUGACGACGUACCUGGUCCAAAAUCAUUAAAAUAUCUGUCCAUAGCUAGAUAUUAUCUAUCACAGAUUGGAACUCAAAUUACUACAAGACUUAUUACCUUUGGCCUCAACGUGGGUACAUAUAUGAGAAACAGAAAAUCCACGGGUAACCUGUCAGUAUUAUUUGACGAGUACGGGCCAGUAGUCCGUUUCGUAAGCCCUGUGGGCAGGGAUAUUGUCCUUAUUAAUCACCCGGAGCACAUUCAGAAAGUGUUUACAUUGGAGGGGGAUCAUCCAAUUCGGUCGACUAUAGAAUCAUUGGAGAAAUAUCGGGUUGAGCACAGAAACCAUGUCUACAGUGGUAUUUUCACAGUUCAGGGUCAAGAAUGGUUUCAUCAGCGAUGUCUAGUUAAGGAUCCACUGCAAACUGCAAGUGCUAUUCAUGCCCAGUCCAUUUACGACCUAUGUGACCGAUUCACACAGAAGGUGUACAGCACGCGCAAUUAUCAAGACGAGGUUUCCAAGGAUUUCUAUAAACAAAUACACAAAUGGGCCUUUGAUUGCAUGGGUCUCGUGAUAUUCUCGAAGAAAUUCACAAUGAUAGACACUGAGCUUGUGAACAGCCAGUGUGAUAUGUCGUGGAUGUAUCACAAUCUGGAGAAGGCAACUGAGGCAAUUAUUAAGUGUGAGUCUGGACUGAGGUGGUGGAAGAUAACCCCAACUCCCGUUUGGCUCAAGCUAACCAAACAUUGCGAGAAUCUGGAUAAUUUGAUCGGGAAAUAUGUCUUAGCUGCGAACAAAGAAAUACAGAAUAAUAUUCAAGAUAUUGACAAAUCUGCAAAUCCGACAUGCCUAAUCGAUGCCAUUUUGUUAUGCGAUAAUAAGUUGACUGUUGAGGACAUUUCUACUAUUGUUAUGGAUAUGCUCCUCAUUGGAGUAAAUACGAUCGCAUCAGCCACUUCUUAUUUAUUAUACUUCGUUGCAAAGCACCAAAAAGCACAGAGGCAGCUUUAUGAAGAAAUAGAGCACAUGUACGGAGACCUCAAUGUAGACAAUAUACUGGCUAUAAGAGAACAUACACCUUACCUGCAGGCCUGCAUUAGAGAGACAUUGAGACUCGUGCCACCCAUACCACUACUCACCAGAGUUCUUCCUAAAAAUAUAACACUGGACAGAUAUAAUAUUCCACAAGGAACCCUCAUAAUAAUGUCAACACAAGACUCGUCAAUAAAGGAUGGCAACUACGACAACGCAAGUCAUUUCUCGCCUGAGAGAUGGCUGAACAUCGGUGCUAAGGACUACCAUGCGUUUGCCUCUAUACCGUUCGGGUUUGGGUCUAGAAGUUGUCUGGGACAGAAUAUCGCGGAGACAAUGAUGUCAUUACUUACUAUAAGGGUGCUACAGAAGUUCAAAUUAGAAUAUCACUACGGAGAUAUACCGCCUACACGAACAUUUAUAUCGAAGCCUAGCAAACCUAUUAAAAUAAGAUUCAUUGAUAGAAUAUAACUUUGUUUAGUUGUUCAUUUGUUUUUAGGUUUAUUAAACGUGUUUUUAACAUC